AUUGUGCUGCUUGGGUUGCGUUCAACGCUCAAACCUGACCUAGGGAGCACGCUGGCUGAUCUCGUCUACGGUACUCCGCUACGCUGCGAUGGACCAUUUCCUGUCCUGGAAAAAUCACCAAAAUACUAUACCCUGUUUCUUCGAGGUAAACGCGAAACCGUAACAAUCGACAGACUCAAACCGGCUUUCUUUUCCCCCCUUCGAUUCACCAACGUCCAAGCAUCAGGAUAA